GAGAGAGAGAGAGAGAGAGGGCGGGAGAGGAGCCACAAAAGCUCCGGUAAAUUGGCGAAGUGCGAGUGGGCAACGGCUCCGAAUUUCUAGGUUUACUAAGAAUGUCUUCUCCACAAACCAAUCUCGCGGUCACAAUCGACGACCAGAUCGGUCCUGAUCUCUUCGGCAUCAAUCCCAUCGUCCGUCGGUUUUCCGGCGACUAUUGUCCAAAGUUUGAAGCAGGAGGUCUGUUAUGCAGAAGAAACGCAGCGUCUGGUCGUUAUACAGUACUGCUGUCGUCUUUGUACUUUGCGAAUUUUUUUAUGAAAGACAGGGAUCAGAGUGGCUCUGACUACAAUGAUUAAGGAACAACAACGAAUUUGACGUAGCUGAUCCCCCACCACUUUUUUCUGUGAAUUCAGGAUGGGCACUCCAGUGAAUAUCAUUGUAGGUUCUCAUGUCUGGGUUGAAGAUAUAGAUGUAGCUUGGAUUGAUGGACAAGUUUCAAAAAUUAAUGGAGAGGAAGUUGAAAUCCAGACUACUAAUGGGAAGACGGCCGUUUCAGCUUUAUCAAAAAUAUAUCCAAAGGAUAUGGAAGCUCCUGCUGGUGGAGUUGAUGACAUGACUAAGCUAUCAUAUUUGCAUGAGCCUGGAGUUCUCCAGAAUUUGUCGGCUAGAUAUCAGCUCAAUGAAAUCUAUACUUAUACUGGAAGCAUUCUUAUUGCCAUUAAUCCAUUCCAAAGACUUCCUCACCUGUAUGAUGGUCACAUGAUGGAACAAUACAAGGGGGCACCAUUUGGGGAACUGAGUCCUCAUGUGUUUGCUAUUGCUGAUGUUGCGUACAGGGCAAUGAUCAAUGAAGGUAAAAGCAACUCAAUACUGGUAAGUGGUGAAAGCGGUGCUGGUAAGACAGAAACAACCAAGAUGCUUAUGCGUUAUCUUGCCUUUUUGGGUGGCCGUAAAGGCAUUGAAGGAAGGACAGUUGAGCAACAAGUUCUGGAAUCAAAUCCAGUUCUUGAAGCAUUUGGAAAUGCAAAAACUGUUCGCAACAACAAUUCCAGCCGUUUUGGUAAAUUUGUUGAAAUUCAAUUUGACAAGCAUGGAAGAAUAUCAGGAGCAGCCAUUAGAACAUAUCUUCUUGAGAGAUCUCGCGUUUGCCAAAUUUCAGAUCCAGAACGAAACUAUCAUUGUUUCUACCUUCUUUGUGCUGCACCACAAGAGGAAGUUCAGAAAUAUAAGUUGGGAAAUCCUAAAGAGUUUCACUAUCUGAAUCAAUCAAAUUGCUAUGAACUUGUUGGUGUAAGUGAUGCUCAUGAUUAUCUUGCCACUAGGAGAGCUAUGGAUAUUGUUGGAAUAAGUCAACAGGAACAGGAUGCAAUUUUCAGAGUUGUUGCUGCAAUUCUUCAUCUCGGCAACAUUGAAUUUUCUAAGGGGCAAGAAAUUGAUUCAUCUACUCUGAAAGAUGAAAAAUCUAAAUUUCAUCUCCAAAUUACAGCAGAACUCCUCAUGUGUGAUCCUGUUGCAUUGGAAGAUGCACUACUAAAGCGUGUAAUGAUCACACCAGAGGAAGUUAUCAAGAGAAGUCUUGAUCCUGUUGGUGCAACAUUUAGCAGGGAUGGCUUGGCUAAGACAAUAUAUUCCCGCCUAUUUGACUGGUUGGUUGAUAAAAUUAAUGUUUCAAUCGGGCAAGAUCCUAACUCGAAAUCUUUGAUUGGGGUUCUUGACAUUUAUGGUUUUGAAAGCUUUAAGACUAAUAGUUUUGAGCAGUUUUGUAUUAAUUACACAAACGAGAAAUUGCAGCAACAUUUCAACCAGCAUGUUUUCAAGAUGGAACAAGAAGAGUACACAAAGGAGGAGAUUGACUGGAGCUACAUAGAAUUUGUAGACAAUCAAGAUGUCCUGGAUCUUAUUGAAAAGAAACCUGGAGGGAUUGUUGCAUUGCUUGAUGAAGCCUGCAUGUUUCCAAAAUCAACUCACGAAACAUUUUCCCAAAAGCUUUAUCAGACAUUCAAGUCUCACAAGCGCUUUAUCAAGCCAAAACUAUCUCGCACAGAUUUUACAAUUGCUCAUUAUGCUGGGGAGGUCUUAUAUCAAUCCGAUCAGUUUCUAGACAAAAACAAAGACUAUGUUGUUCCAGAACACCAAGAUUUGUUGGGUGCUUCCAAAUGUUCUUUUGUAGUAGGAUUAUUCCCUCCUGUUCAAGAGGAGACAACCAAAUCUUCUUCCAAAUCUUCUAAGUUCGCGUCUAUUGGUUCUCGUUUUAAGCUACAACUUCAACAACUCAUGGAUACGCUAAAUUCUACAGAGCCCCACUAUGUUAGAUGUGUGAAGCCAAAUAAUGUGCUUAAACCUGCUAUCUUUGAGAAUGUUAAUGUCAUGCAACAGCUACGUUGUGGUGGUGUUCUUGAGGCAAUUAGAAUCAGUUGUGCUGGAUACCCUACUCGUAAGACAUUCUUUGAAUUUCUAAAUCGGUUUGGCCUGCUUGCUCCUGAGGCUUUGGAAGGGAAUAACGAUGAAAAGCUUGCGUGCAAAAAGAUUUUGGAUAAGAUGGCACUUAUGGGUUCUCAGAUAGGAAAAACAAAGAUAUUUUUAAGAGCUGGUCAGAUGGCUGACCUAGAUGCAAGGAGGGCAGAAAAACUUAACAAUGCAGCAAAGACAAUUCAAAGGAAAAUUAGAACACAUAUUACCCGCAAACAAUUUAUUGCUUUGCGAAUGGCUACCAUAUCCAUACAAUCUUUAUGCAGAGGAAGACUUGCGUGCAAAUUAUUUGAUAACCUGAAACGGGAGGCAGCCGCUCUUAAGAUUCAGACAAACAUGCGAAGGCACUUGGCUCAAGUGGCCUAUAACAGACUCCAGUUGUCAGUACUUGUCUUGCAGACAGGUUUGCGGGCAAUGGCUGCUCUUAAUGAAUUCAGAUGUAGAAAGCAGACAAAGGCAUCGAUUACAAUUCAGGCCCAUUGGCGUGGUCAUAGAGCUUCUUCAUACUACAAGAAACUCAAGUGGGCAUCACUUGUUACGCAAUGCAGAUGGAGAGGGAGAGUUGCCAGAAAAGAACUUCGUAAACUGAAGAUGGCUGCAAGAGAAACAGGUGCACUCAAAGAAGCAAAGGAUAAGCUUGAAAAGCAGGUUGAGGAACUCACAUGGCGUUUGCAGUUGGAAAAACGAUUGAGGGUUGAUUUGGAAGAGGCAAAAGGGCAGGAGAUAGCAAAGUUGCAAAGUUCCUUGCAAACCAUGCAAAGCAAAGUUGAUGAAACAAAUGCAUUGCUUGUCAAGGAACGUGAGGUUGCACAGAAGGCAGUUGAAGAAGCAUCUGUUGUCAAGGAGACUCCGGUGCUUGUCCAAGAUACUGAGAAGAUUGAGAAUCUGACUGCAGAAGUGGAAAACUUGAAGGCUUUAUGUGAAUCAGAGAAACAACGAGCUGAUGAUUCUGAAAAGAGAUGUGCAGAAGCCUUAGAAUUAAGUGAAGAAAAGCGUAAGAAGUUAGAGGAAACUGAAAAAAGACUCCAUCAACUUCAGGAAUCCUUGAACAGGAUGAUAAACUGCAUGUCAGACCAAGUUUCAGAGCUGAAAAUGAUAUUGUCUGCGUCACCCAACUCGAGUUCAACUUCAGGAUUCAUUGCUAGAGAUGAUCAGAUUGAUGCAUUGUCCGUUUCCUCCGAUUCUACAUCCACAGACUCUGAUUUCACUUUUCCAGCCCCUGCUUCAACUCCAGAAAACAUCUCUCCCCUCAAUCCCAAUGCUUUCCAGCUGAUAGUUCAGGAUCUUUCAGCGGCUGAAGUCUCAGGAGCUGAAAACUGGGAAAGUGAUCGGGAGGGGGCAUUUGAUGACUUCUUCUGACGGAACUCGCUCUUUUAAUCUGUUGUAUAUUCAUUCCUGCUAGCUAGUUUUUUUUUAAAUUGAAUAUGGGCACCAAGCCAUGUACUUUAGAUACCUCAAUCAUAGAUUGUUACUUAUUUCUUAUGAAAUGAGAUGGAUAAUAUCCUGAGGUUUCAAAAUUCUUCCUUAUGUAGUUUACAACCUCUUUUUUAAUUCAAAUCUGAUAUUUCACUUGAGACUAGGGGACCUCUCAUUUGAUGCCCAACACUUGUUGAGUCCUUGUAAUUUUGGUUCAAAGAGGAUAUCUAGCCUGUUUUUUAGAUGAUUUUCGCGCUAAAUGAAUAUCACAUGGAGUCAAGUCUCACACUCUUUGCGUAACUUUUGGAGGUUCAUGAAUCUUUAAAUUCAAUAUUAGGCACAGCAAAAAUAGGAAUACUGUUUUCUCUAGAAAUAUAAUGUUGCUUAUAACAUGGGGGAAUCAAGUUAACUCCUGAUAAAACAUGUAGAGAUCUUAGAGUAGAUCCGUAUCAGCAAAUCUCAUCAGGGGAUAGAUAGGAAGGCCAUAAGUUUGACCUGGUGCAGCUUUAGAACAAAGCUUGUUGGAGGAGUUAUUGAUUUGUUCAAACAUCCAUUUUUUUUUUCCAUUACUAGUUUUCCUUAAUAGGUUCAGAUGUACUACCCAUCCAAGCAGUGUGAUAUAUAGCAGCAUGCAGUGCCUUUAUCAUUGCAUUUUCCAUUAGCCAAUAUCUUGCUGACUUAAAGAAAUGUUCUACAAUCUACUUAGGUUUUGGAGUAGGUAUGAAGGAUUUGAUUUUGGUCCUCCAAACUUUUUGUUCCUCAGGUUGUCAAUUUCUAAAGAAUUUAAAACUUAAAUAGUAACAAAAACCAAGAUUUCUCUUUUUUCAUCUAGUUUCUUGAUAUCUGAUUUCAUCAGUUCUCCACAUUAUUUAACUGGAUUUGUAAAUCUAUUGCAAUGGAAGAAAAGAUGUCCUCCCCCUCCCACACUUGUACCAGUGGAAGGCCCGCAUAAUGCAGCGAGUUCAAUUCCCUUUCCAUCAGGUUUUCAUCCUCUACUUCUUCUAUCUUUGGUAAGUCUUUGUACCUUUUUAUUGGUUGUGGUCUACUCUACUUAAUAGGCAUUAUCUUCUAGUUUAUAUCCGUCAUCCUUAUCUCUUUGUUAAAUUCCAUAUUUUUGUUUUCCCAUUCAUCUACAUAGGUUGUUAAGUGGUCCUGUUGGUAGAAAGCUGUGGAUGGGGAGCUUGAAAUUUUAGAAGCAUAUUUCAUGGAAUAUCUGAGGGCAAGCCUUGGUAGCAAUGGUGAGGUUGCUCCUUUGCAAUUAGAAGGUCACACGUUCAAGUUGUGGUAACAGCUUCUGUUAACGCAAGGACAAGGUUGAGUAAAAAAAUGACCCUUCCCCAACUCUCACAAAGUGGGGAGCCUCAUGUAUUGGGGUUUUGGAGGCACUUCUUUAUUUCAUGGAGUAUUUGUUUGCCCAAACAUUUUAUACCUUUUUGGGUAUGAGCUUCCUGCAGCUAAGAGUUAAAUUUCAAAUCAAGUGCUAAUUCUAAUUAGUAAAUCUCUAAGUUUUUCAAAAUCCACUCUCUGGGUGUUGACUGGCGAUUCUGAGAAAACAUCAUCUCAGGGCACUGAUAUUUCAGAAGUCUAAUGAGAAAAUCCUAGUUGAGGAUCUUGGUAAGCUCAAGUAGUGAAAAAACACAAGUUCAAACUGCAUUCCCUUUGCUCAAGUGCAUAAACCUACAAGUUGGCUAGGAAAAAGGACAGUAUUGGAUGGAUAAAUUAAGCUUGAGGAUAUAGAGACUCUCUAGAAAAAGGGUGAGUUCAAUGGACAGAGAGUUGUUUCCAUAGAAUGCUUGAUCAAGCUUAGCUGGGAAAAAAGGUAUUCUUUCCUUAGGCACAAGCAAUAUAUGCUGGUCUUAUCAAUCCUGGCUUUAGUGAAUGAACUGCUUAUGAACUGCUUAGUGUUAGUUUGAGAAAGCUUGUCAUUUUAGUGUUGGAACAUUUAAGGGAGACUUUCUAAUUGUCUUACAUUCUUUUCUUCACACGUGGAGUUCCAGGUGUAUACUUUGUAUUAAUCGCAUGGAGUAGUGAAGGGCUGGGCAAAUUGUGUUGGAAGUGCAGUGUCUUUGGAUAUUUUAGCUCAUUAUAACUAGAGAAAUUAAUUGAAUCCAUGUAAAAAGUUGCAAAUAUAGAAAAACAUUAGGUUUGUGUGCUCCUUACAUUUCCAUAGAGUUAACAAAAUCCAAAAUCGGUCUAGGUUGGGAUUGACUGUAGCCUACUGGACUAAAUAGAGAAAAAAAAAAAAGAAGAAAAGAAAAGAAAAAGAGACUCUACUCUAGGCAUUGGCAGCUCAUUCCCAUGAAAUCCCCUAUUUCUUCCUCCCAAAUCAUCAAUAGAAGUCAAAUAGUGCAAAAUUCCUUCUUUUUCUUUGCUUCCAACUUCUUCCGGGUAAUGUGAGCAUGUCAGAUCCAAGAUUUCACUCUUGGAUCCACAAAUGUCCUACUUCUUCCUCAUAAAUCAUCAAAAGAAGUCAAAUAGUGCAAAAUUCCUUGUUUUUUUCUGCUUUCAACUUCUUACGGGUAAUGUAGGCGAGUCAGAUCCAAGAUUUCACGCUUGGAUCUACAAAAUGUCCUAUUUCUUCCUCCCAAAUCAUCAAAAGAAGUCAAAUAGUGCAAAAUCCUUCUUUUUUUCUCUACGUCCAACUUCUUCCAGGUAAUGUAGGCGAGUCAGAUCCAAGAUUUCACUCUUGGAUCCACCAAAUGUCCUAUUUCUUCCUCCCAAAUCAUCAAAAGAUGUAAAAGAGUUCAACAUUCCAUGCUUUUCUCUGCUUCCAAGUUUUUUUGGCCAAUGUAUGUGAGUUAAACCCAAUAUUUAACUCAAGCCAAUCUCAGAAAACCAAGUUGUUUUAACCAUUGAGAACUACUAUCAUUUUGUGUUGGUUAUGAUAUACAACUAUUUUCAUAUGAUAUUCAACUACAUUCAAUCGUUUUGUUGAAGAUAUAAAUUAAGGUAUAUAUAAUUUAAGUUACUCCUUUUUCUAAAUGUUAAGAUUUUAGAUGAGUUGGUGGUCUAAAGUUCCUCAUUUAGUUUGCAUGUUAUUUCUGUUAAAUAUAAUACUUGCAUCUGUUUCACCCACUUAUAAAUGAGAGUUUAACUAUGCAUAAAGGGGCACGUUUCAAAAUAUAAAUAAUUAAGUUACCCCUCUUUCUGACUUCUUGGGCUUUUGGAUGAGUUCAUGGUCAAUUACUCAACAGGUUUAAACACAAGAACAAGAACCAUUUUACUUAUAAGGGGAAAAAAACUAGAACAGGACCUGUUUGUUAGGGUAGAUUGAUAUUAAAUCUGAUUUUAUGUCAUUGUUCUUGUUAAGAUAAAAAACAAGAAUUUAUAUUUCUUAGGUUUAGCUGAUAUUAAAUUUGAUUUUAUUCUUGUUCUUAAGUCUAACCUAAGAAAUGGUUUCUAAUUACAUAAAUUUAUGUGUUUACAGGACAAGGCUAAGUGUAAUUAGAUGCUGGGUUAGUUCUCUUAAAAAAGGUUCAGAUUAAAGUCCACAAAGUUCAUCAAGGGCUAGUCUUCAUAUAUAUUGGAAUUUAAAAUGGAAGAGCAAUGAAUCUUGAAUACUAGUAAUGCAUGCUACAUAUUAAUGUAAUAUGAUCACUAAAAGCUGGGUCCUUGCUGAGGAAAUUUUGAAUCUUAUUAAACCUGACUAUCCUCAAAUAUUAAUUGAAUACUAGUAAUGCAUGCUACAUAUUAAUGUAAUAUGAUUACUAAAAACUGGGUCCUUGCUGAGGAAAUUUUGAAUCUUAUUAAACCUGACUAUCCUCAAAUAUUAUUAUUCUAUUCUAUUACCAAUCAUCAGUUAUGGUAGGUUUGAACUUUGAUUUGCUGAUCUUUUAUUAUUAUUUUUUUCCCAGUGUCUGACUGGAAUCAAAUAUGAUUAUGUAUGAUAAGUUGAGGUUGUGAACCCUAGAGAACAAAGAUUUUGCUAGUGAUUUUUGUUCAUGUACUGAAACGGAUGUUAACCCAUUGCAUUAGAUAGCCACAAGUUGUCAAUCAUUGCAUAUUCAAUGACAUGCUUGUUGAGCUUAUAAGAUGAUUGGAAAUUCUAUUAUUUAUUUGCAAUGGGAUUCCCAAACAUUAAUCCAGUACACCAUUAAAUCAAGUUUUCUGUUGUCUUACAUCUUUUACUGACAGAGCAAAAAUUUCCUCAUACAAUAUUAAACUUUGAGAUGAAUGACUUUUGAGGAGCAUGCCUUUGGUUUUUUGUCCUUUUUUUCUGUCUGUCUGUUGCACAACCAUAAUUUUUUUUUAUGAAAAACAGCAGUAUGAAAUUACUCCAGUAAACAGCAUUAGUGGGUCAUCUACCACUUGGCUACAUAGUAAUGUGUUUGUCCUUAGAAAGUAGGCAUUUCCAGUACAUACCAUUUUACAGGGAGCAGUUAAUGGAAUUUUUGUC